AUGUCUAACGGCAACGGCGGUGCUCCCCCCGUGGGACAAGAAAACAUCAACACCGACAUCGUCACGCUCACCAGAUUCCUGACUGAGGAGCAGGCUAAGGUGCCCGAGGCCACCGGUGACUUCACACUUCUGUGCCACGCUCUCCAAUUCGCUUUUAAGUCCAUUGCCUACUACAUCCGUCGUGCAUCCUUGAUCAACCUGACCGGAUUGGCCGGGUCCUCGAAUACCACCGGUGAUGACCAGAAGAAGCUCGACGUCAUCGGAAAUGAUAUCUUCAUUUCCGCCAUGAAGGGCUCCGGCAAGUGCCGCAUUCUUGUCUCUGAAGAAGAGGAUGAAGCGAUCUUGUUCGACGAGCACCCCAAUGCCCGAUAUGCUGUGGUGUGCGACCCCAUUGACGGUUCCUCCAACCUGGACGCUGGCGUUUCGGUUGGAACCAUUUUCGGUAUCUUCAAGCUCCCCGACUCCCUGUUGGGCCCCGGCAAGAAAGUUACCGCCAAGGACGUGCUUUCCCCCGGAACCGAGAUGGUGGCCUCUGGUUUCACCAUGUACGGUGCCUCCGCCCAAUUGGUGAUCACCAUGCGCAACGGCGGUGUCAACGGUUUCACAAUGGAAAACUCCCUCGGUGAAUUCAUCCUCACCCACCCCAACAUGCAGAUGCCUGCCAAGCGCGCCAUCUACUCCGUGAACGAGGGUAACAGCAUGUACUGGGAGGAGUGGACCAACGAGGUCUUCCGCGCUAUGAAGUUCCCCGGCGAAGGCAACAAGCCUUACAGCGCACGGUACAUCGGUAGUAUGGUGGCUGAUGCCUACCGAACCCUGCUGUACGGUGGUCUCUUCGCCUACCCCGCCGACUCGAAGAGCCCUAAGGGUAAGCUGCGUAUCCUGUACGAGUGCGCUCCCAUGGCCAUGCUCUUCGAGAACGCCGGUGGUCUGGCCAUCAACUCCCGAGCCGAGCGUCUCCUCGAAGUCAAGCCCGAGCACAUCCACGACCGCAGCGGCGUGUUCCUCGGCUCUAGGGACGAGGUGCAGCGGGUCAUUGACACGUACAACAAGCACAAGAAAUAA